AUGCAGAAAGGCCUGAAGAAGUACUUCGUCAACAUGGACGAGUACCUGUGCAGUCUGGGCCUCUACCGGAAGAUGGUGGCGCGAGACGCGUCCAGUCUGUUCAGAGCCGUUUCAGAACAGUUGUAUUACUCUCAGAACUACCAUCAGAGGAUCCGUCAGGACUGCGCCGACUUCAUGAGAGCCAACAGAUGCAACUUUGAACCGUUUGUUGAAGGUUCAUUUGAGAAAUAUCUGGAGCGCCUCGAGGACCCCAAGGAAACUGUGGGUCAGGUGGAGAUCAAGGCUCUGUCUCAGCUCUACAGGCAUUGUUUCCUGAUCUACCGUUACCCGGGGAAACCAGCGACGGUGAUCUCAGAGGAUGACUUUGUUGACAAGGUGACGCUGUGUUGCUCCAUCAAUGGUCACUAUGACAUUGUUUACCCGAGGACUUACCCCGUCUCUGCUGCCCUCUGUCAGUCUCUUUUCUAUGAGCUGCUCUACACUCAAGUGUUUGGGUUUGAGGAGGCCGAGCUCUGUCAGGCCAUGGAGGCCUUCCGGGUCGGAGGUCGUCGCUAUAGAAACAGCCCAUCAGUGUGUAGUGAUGUCGACUUUGGCUACGACACACCAGAGGACCGCUGUCACAGGGAGGAGACGGAGUCGGGUGGAGCUUCUGACGAUAAACAGCGUGCUGUGACAGCCGAGACUAAGCCUCCAGCAGAAGCCCCGCCCCCUUCCAGACUGUCCCUUCCUUAUAAGGUCAUGAAGUCCUUGGAUGGAGAAGCGUACCGAAACCUGGAGUUUGACGUGUGGCAGGACACCUGUAAAGAGAUGCAGAAGACGGACUACAUGGUGUUUGCAGGGAGGCAGUAUUUCCUGGGAGACAAGUGUCAGGUGCGUCUGGAGCCAAAGGGGAAGUACUACAACGCCUUCAUCCAAGAAGUAGGAACCCACUCGUCUGCUGUCACCGUCUUCAUCGAGGAGCUCGGAGAGAAACACCUGGUUCCUCUGACUGAUCUGAAACCAGUCAAUCCAGUUCCAGCCUGGAAUGUUGCUGCUCCCAUCAGGAAGGGAGACCUGGACUCGGACUCUCGUGGUCAGCGACAUCAUCACCGUCAUCGGUACUUCAGGAAGUCUCGUGGCAGUAGCGGGAUGAAGGGGGCGGAGCUUCUGAUGCCGCCGCCGUCCUACGGAGGCCCGCCUCCCUCUGCCCUGCCCCCCCGCUUCCAGCCAGCAGGCCACCCCCGCCCACUCCCGCCCAUGUCCCCAGGAGCCAUGACUUACGAUCCCUACGCCCCCCCACACCACCACCACCCAGCCAGACCUCCUCGCUACGGAACCUCCAGAAGCUCCACCCGUUUUCUGAACCGUCACCUGAUUGGUCCUCAGUUGACCUAUUACCACCCUGGAAGGAGAUAUUACCACGACUACGAGAGCUAUGCCUUCAGGUCACGUCGCAGUCGCAGGCAACUGGCGACAGCUCUGAAUAAAGACGGUCAGUAUGGUUUCCCCGCGGAGGCCGAGGAGGAGCCGUCUGACCUGGACGCCACCAUCACCUUCUACCAGCUGGACGACGCUGACAACGUAUUCCCCCCACUGGCGAGCCCGGCUGUUGCCCCGCCUCCCUCCAUGGGAGCCCCGCCCCCUCCAUCUGGCUCCUCCUACAGGGUUCAGAGAGGCUCUGGGCCCCUCCCCCCCGCACCUCUACCUGGGAGCACACCUGUGUGUUCAUCAGAGGACGACCAGGAGGACGCCAGCACCGUGGAGGACCAGGCCGAGUACACGGAGGACUACAUCUACAUCUCUCAGGAUCAGAACUACCAGACCUCAGCUGUUUACACUGCUGCUGAGCCCGCCACCAGCCAGGAUGACCAGGAAAGAGGAGCCGCUGACUCUCCACCGAGACCAGAGAUGAACUACAGCUACACGCAGCAGGUGGUGAAGCCUUUAGUCAUCUGCUCUUCACCGUCCUCUUCCUCCUCCUCACCCUCUUCUCCAUCACGCGUACCUGCAACUGCACACCUGCCGGCAGCCACACAGACUCGCUCGGGUACACACACACAUACACGCUCAAUUGCUAUGGCGAUUACAGCCACUUCCCCCUGGUUGGUUAAUGAGUUGGGUGAGCCUCUCUGUACCAUGGUGGCGCCGCCCCCUUACUCCUAUGACCUCAACGGCAGUGAUCUACCUCGAGACUGCAGAGUCCUCCAGUAUUACUUCAACUUAGGAGUCCAGUGGUACCAUCAAAGCUGUUGGCAGCAGCAACAGGCUUACCCCGCCACCUCGCCGGAUGCCUCCUACCCCUACCAGCACUACACCCCCUACCUGAACCAGGAGCCCCCCCUACAUGCUGGCCCUCCUUUGUACCCUGACACAACGCGAGGCCUCAAUCAGCCCUCCUCCUACUACCCAGAAUCCACCAGGGCAGGAGACGGACAGACAGAUGGACACGGCGGCGGCCCCGCCCCCUCGGGGGAAGGCCCUUCCUCCUCGCCGAGCCACACACCCCCCUCUGCGCUCUUGUACCCGGAUCAAACGACCCUCCCCUCUUCAUCGCUGCUGCACCUGCCAUACGAAGCUCCGCCUCCUGCCACCUACUUGCCCUCUGCCCCCCCUCCUCCUCACCCCGCUCACCUGACCCACCACUCCUCCUACCACGCCUGCCUCCCCCCCUCCACCCACUGGGGGUCGCUGCAGACCACGGGCCACGCCACGCGGGUCUACUGCCCUGCCCCCAACCCCACCCACGUGGUGGGUUACAUCACGGCGCCCCACCAUACGGCCGCACACUACAUCCCCCCCCAAAUGUAA